UGGGUGGCAAAGGGCCACUGCCAGCGAGCAUAAGAGAUGCUGCAGCCCCAGCGAGACCCACAGAACUCAGCAGGACACAGAGCAGUGAGCUUCUCCAGGGACGUGGAAAAGUAAGAGCCACUGGGUCUAAACUGCAUUGGAUCAAGCAAAAAACCCUCGGGGGAGUCGGUUGGCACAAAGCCAAGCCACCGCUUUGGAGCGGAGGGAACUCCCCGGGAUCAUCCCCGUGGAGUCUCGGACCCACGAUGCCCAAGACGGAGGAGCCGCAGUCGUCGCUGGAGGACUGGCUGCAGAAGAAGGGCCAGAGCCCCUGGGAGCCUGGCUACUUUAAGACGGAGAGUCCGGCCACCGCGGCCAAGGAGGCCUUCGCCAAGUUCUGCGCCGAAACCAAGCCCACCAAGAGCCAGCGGGAGGCCAGCGCCGCUUGGGCCCUGUGGCAGGCCUGUUUGGACACCACCGAGCUGCUGGCCCAGCGGAAGGAGGAGUGCGACUGCAAAGAAGCCCAGGUGCUGGAGCUGAAGUACAAAUGUGAGCAGCUGAGGCGGGAGAAGCAGCACCUGGAGGAGGCCUGGGAGGCCGAAAGGUUGCGCGGCGGCCAUCUGGCCGUGGGGGGCCCCGAGGCCGCGGCGGGCCCGGGGUGCUCCCGCAACCAGGCCAAGUACGCCGAGCUGCAGGAGCGCAGCCUGCAGCUGGAGGCCGAGAAGGUGCAGUGGCAGACCCAGAGGCAGGAGCUCAAUGAGGAGCUGAGCAAGAUGAGGCAAGACCUGGAGCAGGGCCAGGUCCGCUUGACAGCCCUCCUGCAGGCCAACCGCGAGGACCGGGAGACCUGCCGCGAGCUGCAGGAGAGCUACGCGCAGUGCCAGCUCGAGAUCGAGAGACUGCGCAAGCAGUGCAAAGAGCAGCAGGCCCUGGUCGCCGCCCAGGUGCGGCCCCGGCCCCGGGCCGAGGGGGAGCCCCGGGCCGAGGGGGAGCCGCGGGCCGAGGGGGGGCCGUGGGCCGAAGGGGGCCCGCGGGCCGAGGGGGGGCCGCGGGCCGAGGGGGCGCCGCGGGCCGAAGGGGGGCCGCGGGCCGAGGAGGCGCCGCGGGCCGAGGGGGAGCCGUGGGCCGAGGGGGAGCCGCGGGCCGAGGCGCAGCCGGAGCCCCAGCCACUGCUCCAGACCCCGCCCCCGCUCCCGCCUUGGCCGGUCUACCCUGCCCCGCCGAGCUACGGCCCGGCCGCGGGCCCCAGGUUCGAGCAGCCCUGGCCCUGGGCGCCUCAGCCCCCCAGCCAGGGGCCUCGGAUCGGCGGCCCUCCGUGGAGCCCGCAGGCGGGCCGCUGGAAGAGCCCCGCCAGCUGGAGGAGGGUGUGCCAGGCUUGCGGCGCCUGGGGGCGGGCGGAGAGGAGAGGCGGGCCUUGGGAUUGCCUCCCGUGCCGGGGCGCGCCGGCUCCCGAGCACCUCACCCUUGCCGGGUGCGGAGGCUACUUCCCCAUGAGAGCCCCGAGCGUGCUGGAGCCCGAGAGGAUGUGGAGCCCCGCCGAGGCUCCCUGGAGAGGCCUUCGGAGGCGUGGGCCCUACCGAGGCGGGCCCUGGAAGCGAAGCCACGGCUCCGGGCCCGCUCCCGGCUCCUGGCAGUGCCCCCAGUGCGGAGUCAUCAACUACGCCCACAGGCUCGACUGCUACAGGUGCCACACCCCGAAGGGGGAGAGCGAGCUGGCCACCCCGCCGUAG